AUGUAUCUAUCUAUCUAUCUAUCUAUCUAUCUAUCUAUCUCUUCACGAAUCUCUCAAUUCAUUCAACUUUCUAUCUAUCUAUCUAUCUAUCUAUCUAUCUAUCUAUCUAUCUAUCUAUCUAUCUAUAUAUAUCAGUCUGUACACUAUCUAUCUAUCUAUCUAUCUAUCUAUCUAUCUAUCUAUCUAUCUAUCUAUCUAUCUAUCUAUCUCACACUGUUUAUAUCUAUGGGAAAAGCACUCAACAUUGAUUUACAACUUUCGCUUCAUUCUACGUCCAUACAACACCCUAUAAAUUCUAUCUAUCUAUCUAUCUAUCUAUCUAUCUAUCUAUCUAUCUAUCUAUAUCAAUUUAUUCAAAUCACUCGCUCACUAACUUACUCAUUCACCCAUUCACUCACUCACUAUCUAUCUAUCUAUCUAUCUCAAUUUAUUCAACUCUCUCACCCUCUAUCUCUAUCUGUACGUAUCUAUCUAUCUAUCUAUCUAUCUCAAUUUAUUCAACUAACUCACUGA